UGAUUCGAUCCGACCAAUGAACGGAACUUUACAUUUCAUGUGACUGUAAAUGCAAGACCAGAAUACCGAAGGAAGUCAUAUGACUUGUAAUCAGGUCAUGGUGAAUGAAGCAUAUGGGAUAAUCAGUUUUUAACCGAUUGACUGGAAUGAUUUUGGUGGUAUUGUCUUUUGAAGUCUCUCUGAUGUGCUCAGAUUUACCCAGCUCGAUAUGUAUGCUCCGGGAACAGAGAGUUUAAUAAAACAGGCAAGGGAAAUACAGGAAGAAGAGCUACAGAAGUUUUAUGGUCGUGUAUUAAAACAACUUCAGUCCAGCAAAGAUGCUGGAGGAGAGUUAGUUGAUUCUCUCCAGAGGCUCCACCUGAUUGUUUCUGCCACAAAAUAUGCCAGAACGCUUCCCCCAGAGCUCAGUAAGAAGCUCCAGGCACUGCUCCGCUCACCGUCAUCUCCAGAGCAGUUUCAUGCUCUGUCCUCCGCCAUCCUCAGGGAGAGUCUGCCUCUCAGUGCUCAGAGCCUCUCCAUAGAGUUCAACCAGGACAGCAGGGCGCUCAGCUACCUGGCCAGCGUGGUGCUUUCCCAGGCUGGCAGGAAGGAAGAUCUGCUCCCUCUCUGUCAGCAUUUGCUGAGGAGUCUGGAGUCAAGACAACCUGAGAUACAGCCUCCCAAACACACACUUCCCAUUCUCUCCAAAAUGUUCACCUUCUCAUCAUUGCUCCUUAGUGAAGAUCAGGUGAAUCUGGUCAGUAGGAAGUUGGCUGACUGGUUGCGAUAUGCCAGUGUUCACCAGGGAGCCUCCAUCUCCUCUGGGGGUUUUUUCACCAGUCCCAGAACACGUCAGCCAGCGCUAAUGACUGAAGUGGAUGGGGCAGUUGCAGGAGACUUUUUCACUGUGCUGUGUGUGGGACAGAACUACACCGAUGACCAGUGGAUGAACAUGUACACAUUUUCUAUGGUUAAGAGCUGGCUGCUCACCUAUAACACAGAAGGAAGUUCAAAUGUAGACUCAGCUCAGCUAAAAAGAACGCAGGUCAUUCAAACACCGUACCAAGACGACCGUUCCGAGAUGGACAGCUCUGUGAUGUCCAUGGUGUCGGCCACAUCCUCCUCCAGCCGGCUCCUCCCUCCAAAGGAGCGGCUCCGGGAGAAGGCCUUUGAGUACUGCCACCGGCUGAUUGAGCAGAGUGACCGCAAGGCCCUGAAGAGGGCAGAUGCUGAGUUGCAGAAGGCGUGCAUGGUGGAGGCUGUGAGUGUAAUGGACAUCAUCUGCAGUGAGGAUGCCUCCUAUGUGUACCGCGCCUUCCCCUGCAUCAAAGCACUACACGGGCGGCUGAGCACAGAUUUGGCAUUUGCCCGAGCUCUACUGCCUGUGGCUCAGUUUUACCUCAACCACAGCGAGACAGCCGCUGUAGACUCGGAAGCGAUUUUCUGCCAGCUCUUCAGUCGCUUCCCAGCCGAGCUCUUCAACGAGCCCAUGCUGGCCUUUGAGUUUGUCCACUUCUGCCUCCACAAUGUCAGUGUCCUGCAGGAGAAGGUGGCUGUGUACAGACGCAGCUUCCCCAACCUGCUCAAGUUCCUGGCAUGGAAUGGCCCGGGGCUAAUAUCGGAGUUUAUGGAGCUGCUACCCUCACUGUUGGCUCCUGACACAGCACUUGAGCUGCUCCACACACUGCUGGACCUGCCCUGCCUGGCUGCCACCCUGGACCUCCAGCACAGGUCAGCAUGUUACCAGGUCCAAAAUUGGGAUGUGUGGGACCAGCAGGGAGCUAAGAUGGCUGUGUCUCUGGAGGCCUUCCGGCAACCCACUUACAGAGGACUCUUCCUCUACAUCCUCAGACCUGAGGCAGGGACUGGGGACACCAUUGACAGGUUGAGUAUGCUGCAUGAGGCUCUGGAGGGCAUGGUGGAGAGCCCCCGAGUGGUUCACUGUGCACAGAUUGUCCCUGUGCUCUUACACGUCUACUUCAACACAGUCACUCAGUUGGCUGAUGAGAGGCUGAUAAACCAGCUGCUGCAGGUCCUGGUGGAAAGAAGCAGCCUCCUCUACAACAUAAAGAGCUUCAGCAUUGAAGUACAGAGGGUGUUCAGCAUGCACCUGCAGACCCUGUGCAAACUGCACCCUCCACUGAUUGUGGAUCAGUACAAGGAGCUGCUGGAGUUUGCCAGUACCACAACCAACAUCUACAGUAAAGAGGACUUCUACACACAUCUGGUGUGGGUUAUAGGAGAAUAUCUGUCGCUCUCGUACAACCCUUGCUGCACUGUGGAGCUGAUUACCUCAUUUUUCGAGGGGCUGGAGGCAGUGUUGUUUGAGAUCACGCAGGUGCGUCAGUCCGCCAGCCCCCCGCGCUACACGCCACGCCUCCUCACCGUGCUGAUGACCGCCCUUGCCAAGCUAGCCUCCCGCAGCCAGGACCUCAUCCCUCGGGCUUCGCUCUUCCUGUCCAAGAUCCAUUCAUUCGCACACAGUGGCCCCGUGGAGAUAUGCUUCAGUGAGGAUGACACUGAGGAGAUCAUCACAUGUGCCCAGGAGCUCAACAACCUGCUAAAGCUGCCUAACGUGGCUCAGUUUGUUCUAACACCAGCCGCCCAGGCUGAUGGCCCGCGCUGGCACCGGGACACCAACACCGCCCUGCCUCACCGCAUGAGGGCCAUCAGCAGCCUGCUCCAGAACCACUCCAGCUUCUUGCCAGCAUAGCACCACCCACCCACAAAGCUCCCUGUAGCCUUGCACUGGGACAGAGAAUGGGCAAAAUGGGAGUGCACUCAAUCACUAUUACAAACCUAGCAGAGCUUGGUCACAGGGCAGGCAAUCAGAAGAACCCUCUAAUCAAAGUAAUCAUCACCAUCACAAGUUGUAAUCAUGUUGAUUAAUGGCAUUGAUGACUGAAUGAUUCACUGAACCUGAAAGGAAGCCUUUAGCUGCUGCACUAGAAACAUCUGAGGAAGCUGCCAGACUAGUACUGGAGCUUCUAAGGAAGUGAGCAGCUGAAGCACCUUUCACACAGCAGAGAAUUUCAGUAAUGUUGUCCCUAUAUUGUGGUGAUACAAUGGACAAAAUAAGGUUUAAAAUUGUUUUUUAUUUUGUAUAUUCAAGGACGAUGUUUAAAAAUUCAUAAACUCCAACUGCACAGUAUCUGCAAAUCAGUUAGAAAAAUAUUUUUAUUAAAAUGUGAUGUGGGGAGGAAAUAAAGAGAAAAAAGCAUUCAAACCUGA